AUGGUUGUUUUUAUAAAGAUUUUCAACCAACGGUGGAGUGUAUUGAGUUUUGACGAACAACAGGAUUGUUCAGGACUCGAUAUAAAGCGACAAAUAUGUGAAACAAAGGUUAGAUCGAAUGAUUUCCAAACCAGUAAAUUUAAAUCGUAUAUAUUUUAUACAGUCUCAAUAUAAAUACUUCUUUGAUCUACAAUUGUGAAGUUUACAGGCCUAGUAACAGUGUCUGUAUCACAUAGCUUUAUGAAGAAGUAUUAUUUUAUAUAUUUGAUUUUUAGUAAAUAUUUUUAAUGUUAAACAAAUUCAGCCAUUCAAGGGUGAUCAAGGCAUACUGUGGUCAUGUUCCAAAAUUAAGCCAAAGAGAUACUAUUCCUGAAAUACUAUUCCAUCAACAUGCAUACAGCAAUGAGCCGUUAAUUAAGGUGACAACAGUCCUUCUUAUUUAGGAUCACCAAAUGCAUAGAUUGCUGUUCGUUAUUUCAAGUAAGAAAUGUUGAUGUCAUAAUUAAGGGACAAGAUACAUCAACACUAUUAUCAGCCACCUCAAUAUGAUUGUAACAGGUUUGACUACCUCACAGGCGGCUGUUGCAGGUGAUGUCAAUAAGCUUGCUAUCUGAUACCUUAAAUAUAACACCCCAACAUUCACCCUAACCCUCACAACAAACGCCUGUGAGUUAGUCAAACCGGAUCGUAACUGUCACAAAGUUAGGGUUGGGCGUAAAAAAAAUACCUGUGGUUCCGGUUUCAUAUCGCGAAAACAAUUAGGGUCAGCAGGUCAGAAAUAAGUUUUUUUGGAAUAUUUUUUUUCAUGGUUUUUUCAAUAAUUAGUGUGACAACAGACGCCAUUUUGGCAGCAGCCCGCAACCACCCGGAGAAAAUAGGGUUGCACGGUCAAUCGUGUUGAAAAAAUAAUAGGGUCGGCAGAAGAAAUAGUGUCGGUCGGGAACCGGAACCACAGGGUUUUUUUUACGCCUUGAGUAGACCACCUCUACUAUGUGUUUCUUUGCCUUUUUCUACAGGGAAUUUCAGAGGAUGACAUCUUUCUCACAUACAAUGGUUCUCUGUUAGAAAACCAAUCAAAACUCAGCUUAGAUCAAAAUGACAUUCUCGUUCAAUGUCAUCUCCGACUUCCUGGGGGAAAAGGUGGCUUUGGUUCAAUGCUCCGUGCUAUUGGCGCACAAAUUGAGAAAACAACCAAUCGGGAAGCUUGUCGAGAUCUGAGCGGCAGACGAAUGCGAGAUGUGAAUGAUGAGAAAAAGUGAGAACAGUUGGCAAGUUUUAAAACAGGCAAUUAAAUUCAGAGAAAAACAAGAUAACUUGUCUGAUAAUUUGUCUGUAUUAUAAACAUGCAAACAGGUAGAUCAGCAAUCAAGGUGAACUAUCUGCGUAGUUAAGUGUUUGUCUGUAUCUAAAGAUAAACUUGUGUUUGUAAUUUGUCUUGAUGGAUAAUCCAUCCAUGACACCAUAGAUCUUGUAAUUCUAGCAAGUUUGUCCACUAGAUUGUUCAUCCUGAUGUACAGGCUUUUAGCCAGGGUCCAAAACUGACUGUCCAAGAAAUACCAUUGAUGUGGCAACCUAUUUUCAUGGAUAAUACAAUAAAAAUCAUGGCGCUUGAAAUCAAUUGUGAUAUGCUCAUAAUUCAGCAUCUUUUUUACAAAAAAGUAUCACAACAUUUGCAAUAGAGUAAACAGCAGCUGGUAACUUUUGAGGUAUUCAAAAAAUAUCAAAGCUUGUGAGUUGCUGUUUGAAGAUAACAAAACUUUAGUUGAUAGGGAUGCAACUGCAGGUAGUUGAAAAAUCUCAGGUAUUUUUCAGGUAGUUGCAUCUCUAUUCCCUACCAACCAAAGUGUUGUUAUUAUUAGCACUACUGACACUGACACAGACUGUUUAAAGAUAUAAUUUUCUUAGGCUGUUCAUGGCUGCCUAUUAAAAAGCAAAAACCAGCCAUCUGAAUUCAAACGUAGCUGUCCAUAGAAUGAUUGGAAGGCUAAAUACCUGUCUUGAUGAAUGAUCAAUCUAUGCAUUAGAUGAACUACAUGUAUCAGGAUAAUAUCAGCCAUGAUUUUUUUUUUCAACUAUUGCAAUGUUGAAGGAUUGUCCGUCUCCAUGGUAUAAACGAAGCCAUUCGAUCUUUUUUCUAAAUAAUUCAUCAGUAACAAUAAUUUUCGUCCCUUCAAUUUCAUUCAGGAUUGCAGAUUGGUUGUCAAAGCAGUCAGAAAGAGACCAGGAGAAAGCGAGAAGAAAACAAGAACGUCUUGAAAGACUUCAGACAGCACCGAAACAUGUUUUUGAAGAUAGCACAGCGUACACCAGUCAACUACAGGAUAAUAUGGACAGCAUUGAUGAUGCUUUACAAAAGGGUUAUUACACUAGCGUUUUAUCAUCUUAUU